AGAUGUACCGUUCGCGUGAUUGGCUGCACCGCAGGCCAGAUUUUUUUGAAGACUCAAAGUGUAACCGACAGUGUGUGUGCUCGCAUCAUGAGUAAGGGCUAUAAGAGAAGAUGCUAAACCAGUGACCGCCCAGGCUUGCCGCGUGACCUGUGACCGCGGACAUUGUGCUGUGUGUACGUGUGCGUGCGUGUGUGUGUGAAAAGAAGCUUGUGUGUGUGUGUGUGCUGGUGUUUUGUGUUUCCCUCCAAUCGGUCGCCGCAAAAUCUUAUCCUCCCCCUUCCCGAACCAACAAACAAACGAGAAAACACACAAAACACACAAAAAAACCCCCGAACCUGUAUGAUAACUUAACACCAGCCUAACCUCAACCAUGUAUCAAGAGCAAUGCUUGCGGGCGCGGACGGACGAAGAAGCAGAUGCAACGGCAGGAGCGGCAGCAGCAGCAACGGUAGCGCCCCCAUCAUCGAUUAGCUUGGCCGCGUGUGCACCGGUGCGGGUGCGUUGCCCACCCUAGGAGGGCGACCGGCAGGGUUUCGACGGGCAGGACCACCGCGGACCACCGCGGACACGGAAACUUCCGACAGCGUCAAACUUAGCAGCGCUUCACAAACGCGGUGCCGCUUAACUUUUUAAAUCUCUGAACGCCCCCCCCCAACCCCCCCACACUCCAAAGUGCUGUUCCCGUCUCCUUGUUUCCUCCACUUUUCGGGCACCGCCCCACCGCGAGGGGGGAAAAGGAUCGAGUUUUGUCGGAGAGCGAAAAAAAGGAAGAAAAAAAAAAACAGUUUCCGAAGAACAGUUCAGUGCCACAAACUUGCCCAAGCACUUGCCCAAGAGACUUGGACGCGAAACAAAGCGAAGCCGUAAAAACCUGGCCCAGUAUGCCCCAGGCGUUGGCUUAUUACUGGAUGUAAAAAAAAAAAAAAAAAAACAAAAAACAAAAACCAAAAAAUCGUGUGUGCGUGAUUGUGAGGCAGCCAAGUGUCGUUUGCUUCCUAGCCAAACUUACUGAAUCGAAUCGUUCAGCGGACUGUGAGGUGUUGUUUGGUUUUGCGCCUGCGGAAACUCCCCCACAAACACACACCGAGCGGGUCCGCGCUGGGGCGGAGGGGCGUGAGCUGCACGGCAGCGUUGGACGGUUCCGGCAGGCGAGCCGGAGCCGGAGGAACAUCAUACGCCACCGGGCGGUACAGGAUGGUGGUGGUGGCGGCGGCGGCGGAAUCGCGCCGGAACCGGGGCAGUGGCCGGUCGCACCGCUGUCUGGUCGCGCUGGCCGGGUUCGGCGUGCGGCUGGGCCUGAUCGUACCCCUGCUGACGGUACCGCUCUUCCUGGGCAUCGCGCACGGUGAGGAGCAGACGACGGAGAUCACGUCGGAGGGCGUCGGGCACUACGGCGGCAAGUCGGAGCAGUCGGGGCCGCCGGGGCCGAACCAGCUCGGCGCGGCCUGGCAGAUAUUCGGCUCGAACUCGAUGCGGCAGCCGGGGGGCGAGGGCCGGGUCGUCAAGACGAAGCCGCGCAAACCGAAACCCUACCAGAAGGACAUCCGGCCGCAGCUGCCGCCGGGCAAGAUCAUGAUGGCGCCGCCCCGGCGGCGCACCUUCCACCAGGCGACCCAGUACCCGAAGAACGCCUCGGUCGCGAUCGACCGUAGCGCGGGGCUGUCGCACCACCCGAUCGGGAGCCACGCGGCCGGUGGCAAUGUGUACGGCUCGAUGUCGCACUACGACACGGUGUACGGCAUACGGGGGGUCGAGCGGCGCGACAACGAUGGCUUCCGGCCGUUCGAGCGGUACGGGCCGAGCGCACACCUGGGCCACUACCACAUCCACCCGGACGACGACAUCUUCCGGCCGGACGAGGAGCUGCUGAUGGAGUCGGGCGGUGGCGGCGGUGGAGCGGGUGCCGCCGGCAAGGCGGACGGGCUGGCCGGGAUCGAGAGCUGCGACAUCAAGUGCGAGCCGCGCGAGUUCACCUGCGACAAGAGCUGCGCCUGCAUCCACAUGGAUCUGCACUGCGACGGGCAGGCGGACUGCGUGCUGACCGAGGACGAGCAGAACUGCGAGAUAGUGCACCAGCGGCUGGCCCAGCAGAUCAAGGACAACUGCGAGACGAGCGGCACGCACGUGAUCUGCGCGACCACGCACACCUGCAUCUCGCGCGACUGGCUGUGCGACGGGGACGACGACUGCGGCGACUACACGGACGAGACGCACUGCGGCAACCGGCACGACUGCACCGAGGAGAAGUUCGAGUGCCAGAACGGGAUGUGCAUACCGCGCGACUGGGUGUGCGACGGCGACAACGACUGCAACGACCUGUCGGACGAGAAGAACUGUACCAAACAGUGUACGCGGGACGAGUUCCGGUGCAAGGAUGGGUCCUGCAUCUCGGCCUCGUUCCAGUGCGACGGCGAGACGGACUGCAUCGACGAGUCGGACGAGGCGAACUGCGACCGGCCGAUGCAGAGCUGCCCGGAGGGCGAGUUCAAGUGCAAGGGCGCCCUGGGCGGUAUGGGCGGCCCGGGCGGCCGCUGCGUCCUGAUGCGGUUCCGGUGCGACGGCGACAACGACUGCGGCGACUGGAGCGACGAGGAGAACUGUGCGAAGAAGCAGGUCGACUGCAUGAUCAACGAGUUCAAGUGCGAUGAUGGCGACUGCAUACCGCUGCAGUGGCGCUGCGACGACAAGCAGGACUGCAACAAUGGCGAGGACGAGAAGAACUGCCCGGUGGAUCGGAUCGCCGGGCGGACCUGCUCGCCGGACGAGUACACGUGCAAGGAUGGCCGCUGCAUACUGCGAUCCUGGGUGUGUGACGGUUCGGCCGACUGUCGGCGCGGCGAGGACGAGCAGGACUGCGACAUCAAGUGUGAGCUGAACCAGUUCCUGUGUCCCUCGGGCAGCCGUAAUAGUACGCGCGAUUCCAGCGUGUGCAUCAACCAGAAGCAUGUGUGCGACGGCCACACCGACUGUGCGAACGGCGAGGACGAGAUGCGCUGCCCGAUCGUGCACCCGUGCGGGGCCCACUCGCGCUGCGAGCAGCUCUGCAUCACGGCGUACAGCGGCCGGGAGGAGUGCAUGUGCCGGCCGGGCUACCUGCUCCACGGCAACGGCUACAACUGCACCGACAUCGACGAGUGCAGCAUCACGAGCAAUCCGGUCUGCUCGCAGGAGUGUCUGAACGUGGCGGGCAGCUUCCGGUGCUCCUGCCAGCCCGGCUACGUGCUGCGGCCGGACCAGCGCACCUGCAAGGCGGUCGGCGGCUCGGUGAAGCUGCUGAUGGCGAACCGGGCCGACAUACGGCAGGUGUCGCUCAGCAACAACCAGUACACGUCGAUCGCGAAGGGCCUGCCGAACGCGAUCGCGCUCGACUACCACUACCGGCAGGAUCUGCUGUUCUGGACGGACGUGUCGAUCGACGUGAUCAAGCGGUCGCACCUGAACGGGAGCGGCGUGCGGGACGUCAUCAAGUGGGGGCUGGAGUCGCCGGGCGGGCUGGCAGUGGACUGGAUACACGAUCUGCUGUUCUGGACGGAUUCGGGCACGCGCCGCGUCGAGGUGUCGACGCUCGACGGCCAGAUGCGGGCGGUGAUUGCGGCGAGCGAUCUGGACAAGCCGCGCGCGAUCGCGGUCCAUCCGGGCCGGGCGCUGGUGUUCUGGACCGACUGGGGCACGGCGCCGAAGAUCGAGCGCGCGUUCAUGGACGGGUCCGACCGGCAGACGAUCAUCGCGGAGGCCAUCUUCUGGCCGAACGGGCUCACGAUCGACUACACCAGCAGCCGGAUCUACUGGGCGGACGCGAAGCACGUGAUCGAGAGCGCCAACUUUGACGGGCGGGCGAGGCGCAAAAUCCUCAGCAACAACCUGCCGCACCCGUUCGCGCUCGCCCUGUUCGAGGACUCGAUGUACUGGACGGACUGGCACACGAAAACCAUCUCGACCGCGAGCAAGGUGAACGGGCGCGGCUUCCGCGUCGUGCACGAGGGGCUCCACUUCCCGAUGGGCAUCCAGAGCUACCAUCCGUCCCGCCAGCCCGACUUCACCAACCGGUGCGCGGCGGACAAGAGCGGCCGCAAGGGGGGCUGCUCGCACCUGUGCCUGCCGGCCCGGACGCACCGCCGCUGCGCCUGCCCGAUCGGGCUGACGCUGCGCCCGGACCAGAAGACCUGCUCGACCGUGCCGGACAAGCUGCUGCUGAUCGCGCGCAAGAAGGACGUCCGGGUGCGGCAGCUCGAUGCGGCCAACCCGGUCGACAUGGUGCUGCCGCUGGACGGCAUCAAGUCGACCGUCGCCGUCGACUGGUGCAGCCGCACGAACGUCAUCUACUGGACGGACGUCGGCAAGAGCAUGAUCAGCCGGGCGUUCAUCAACGGCAGCCAGCAGGAGGCGAUCGUGAAGGCGAACCUGAUCUCGCCCGCCGGUCUCGCCCUCGACUGGGUGACGGACAAGAUCUACUGGACGGAUCCGGGCACGAACCGCAUCGAGGCGGCGACGACCGACGGGCGCCAGCGGGCACUGCUGAUCUGGGAGCGGCUGGACAAACCGCGCGACAUUGUGGUGCACCCGGGCGAGGGCUACAUGUUCUGGUCGGACUGGGGCUCGAACCCGCUGAUCGAGCGGGCCGGCAUGGACGGUACCGGCCGGUUCACGCUCGUGUCGGAGAAUCUGCAGUGGCCGAACGGGCUGGCGCUGGACGUGGACAAGCAGCGGCUGUACUUCCUGGACGGCGGUACGAAGUCGCUCGAGUACGUCAACUACGACGGCACCGGGCGCAACCGGCUCAUCACCGAGGGGCUGAAGCACCCGUUCGGGCUGGACGUGUACGAGAAGCGCGUCUACUGGACGGACUGGGACACGCACAGCAUCCAGGUGGCGAACAUGUACAACGGGCACGACCGGCGCACGAUACUCGCGAACAACACCGACCUGAUGGACAUACGCGUGUUUCACCGGAACAGGCGCGACUCGCGCAACCCGUGCGCCCACAAGAACGGUGGCUGCUCCUACAUCUGUCUGCUCAACCCGACCAGCUACAGCUGUGCCUGCCCGAUCGGUAUCCAGCUGAAGGACAAUGGUAAAACGUGCAAGAGCGGCCCCUCCAACUAUCUGGUGUUUGCGCACCGCACCGAGGUGCGGCAGGUGUCGCUCGACAGUGACUAUCAGAUCGAUGUGGUGCUGCCGCUGCCCCCGAUCUCGAACGUGGUCACGCUGGACGUCGAUCGGCGCACCGGCGAGAUCUACUGGGCGGACACGAUCGAGGACGUGAUCAUGCGCUCCACGCCGGACGGCAUGCGCAUCAAGCAGAUCUACAGCGAGAGCAUGACCAGCGUGGACGGGCUCGUGAUCGACUCGAUCGGGCGCAAGCUGUACUGGACCGACGCCGGACGGAAGGUGCUGGAGGUGAGCGACCUGGAGGAGGGCAUACGCAGUGCGCUGGUGUGGAAGGAUCUGGAGCAGCCGCGCGGCAUCGCGCUCGACUACGAGUCGGGCUACCUGUUCUGGUCGGACUGGGGCGCCAACCCGCGCAUCGAGCGGGCCGACAUGGACGGCGAGAACCGGGUCGAUCUGAUCACGGAGGGGCUCGGCUGGCCGAACGGGCUGGCCGUCGACCGGGCGGCCAAGCGGAUCUACUGGGCCGACGCACAGAUGAAGACGAUCGAGUCGUGCACGCUGAGCGGCGGGGCGCGCACCAAGGUGGUGGAAAAUUUGCCCCACCCGUACGCGCUCGCCGUCACCGGGCGCACCAUCUACUGGACGGACUGGAUCACGAAGGCGCUCCACUCGGUGCCGAAGGGCAACCCGGCCCACAUCCGGAACGUCACGCACGGGCUGGAGGGCCUGAUGGAUGUGAAGGUGGUGCAGGAGGACGAGGAGCGCCAUCUGGAGAAUGUGUGCGGGGCGGGCAACGGGGGCUGCUCGCACCUGUGCCUGCGCAAUCCGACCGGCUACUCGUGCAAAUGUCCGACCGGGCUGACGAUGCGGGAAGGCAGCACGACCGACUGCAAAACCCUGCCGGACGAGUACCUGCUGAUAGCACUGCGCUCGGGCAUUGGGCGCAUCUCGCUCGACACGCCGGACCUGUUCGAUGUGGUGCUGCCAAUCGAGGGCGUGCACGGUGCAGUCGUGCUAGACUACCACUUCGACAGCAUGUACGUGUUCUACGCCGACGUGAACGUGGACGCGAUCCGGCGCGUCAACAUGCACAACUACUCCGACACGCAGGUGAUCGUAUCGAGCGGGCUGAACACCCCGAACGGCAUCGCGGUCGACUGGCUCGCAGACAACCUGUACUGGACGGACACGGCCCUGAAGAAGAUCGAGGUCGCCCGACUGGACGGCUCGUGCCGGAAGGCCAUUCUGACCGACGGGCUGGACGAUCCGCGCUCGAUCAUCCUCUAUCCGAAGCGGGGCUUCGUCUUCUGGGCCGACUGGGGCCAAACGCCCAAGAUCGAGCGGGCGUACAUGGACGGGUCCGAGCGGCGCAGCAUAGUCGACUUCGAGCUCGGCUUCCCGACCGGCCUGGCCAUCGACUUCGACGCGAAGAAGCUGUACUGGGCGGACGCACUGCAGGAUCGGAUCGAGCUGUGCGACUUCGACGGGCGCCGGCGCCAGCAGGUGGUGUCGCACGCGACCCAUCCGUUCGGUUUCACGCUCACCGCGACGCACCUGUACUGGACCGACUGGUACAACAAGUCGGUACUGCGCGCACCGAAGCACAGCGUGUCGAGCGUCGAGGUGGCGCGGUUCAGCUUGCGCGGUGCGCUCGAGAUACGGGCCGUGUCGGGGCAGCGGCAACCGCACGACUGGAACCCGUGCCGCAGCGACAACGGUGGCUGCUCGCACCUGUGCCUGUACGCCGAGACGCGGUACGUGUGCGGCUGCCCGGACAUACCGGACGCGCAUCACUGCGACCCCGAGCCGGCCAUCCUCGUGGCGAUGAAGCCGAACGACGAGAUGCUGUCGGCGAGCGAGGAGAAACCGCCCCACUCGAACGGCUCGAUCGUGCUGAGCAGCAGCCGAAUGCACGCGCAGCUAGUCAUCAUAGCGACCGCCAUCUUGGCCGGGCUGCUUAUCAUCGUCAUCAUCGCCAUCUUAGUGCUGAUUGUCAACUCGAAACGCAAGCAGAGUAAGAAAAGCUCGCGCAGUGCCAGCGACGUGCUGACCUUUACCAACCCGAACUACAACGGCAUCGAGGGUCUCUGCCAGACCGGCGAUUCCGGCUCGUCGCGCAACACCAUCUGGAAGCGGCUGAAGUACGAUCGGGCACAGGAGCGUGUUUUUGAGGAGAAGUAUCUGGGCGUCCAGCAUCACGGCACCAGCAACGGUAGCUACCUAGCGUCGACGCCCACGUCCCAGAUAACACCGGUGUCGGCUGUUCUGCCCGUCUAAAGCGCUCUAAGCUGUUUGGGGGCAUGCCAGUCCUUGUGGGUGUAUAGUUCCUGCUGUUCGCACGAGGCGAUUCAUUGACGAUACCCGAAUUCCGAACACAUCCAAGGGCAGACUGAGGACGAGCGGCAUGGACAAAGGGGUUGUUUUUACUCUCCUUCCCGCCGGCAUCUCCUCCUGCAGUUCUGCUACUAGCGAGGAAGACAAACAAAAAACAAAAACCACACACAUAUAUAUAUAUAUAUAUAUAUAUAUAUAUAUAUAUAUAUAUAUAUAUAUAUAUAAGAGAACAGAGUCCUGAGAGGAAAACGGAACACGAACCUUAAACUGCUCAAGCAAGAAUGUUAUAUACAUUACAGACUGGGACACAAAUUGGGAAUGUUAUGACUAUUACAGGCAGCUAAAUCACAACAUCGUUAAAUCGAAAAGAGAGAAAGAAACAAAAACACACACACACACAUUAAAGAACUUUACAGAAUAUUAAGAUAACAUUUCAAUUUAAUGAAAUAUUCUAUAGCGUUUGCAACGCAGCAGCAACUCGCUGGUAGAUGGUAUCCCCAGGCAGUGGCCUUUGGGGAGCCUGGAUGGGAGGAAAUGUACUGGAAAAGCUGUGAGCUAAAAUACAUACCGGUGGUCCGGCACCGUUUCCGUUUGAUACUUCCGUUUGAAGCGUUGCAUACACCCAUACAUAUGCGUAAACAUGCUGUGAACUAUCCCGGUGGUGGCGAAAGAGAUAAAAAUAUAGAUGAAAAGAGAAAAAGAGAGAGAGAGAGAGAGAGAGAGAGAGAGAGAGAGGGGGGGGACAGGGAGAGAGAGAGAGAGCACCACCGACAAAACAAACCAUAAAGCAAACGAUUCCAUUACACGUUUGUCAGACAACACAUCUUUGCCCACAUCGGGCCAUCUUUUCCACCUACGCUCGGUUCACUGUAUCCAUUCAAAGAAGAAAAAAAAAGAAGAAGAAAAAGAUGUUGAUGAUGUUUAGCAGAAAUGCACAAACCAAUACUGACAGAGAUUGCGGAACUCCUAAAAGCAGAUCUUUUGCUCCAGCAAGAAGCUGUCGUCUUAAUAUCUUCGUGCGUGUGUGCGUGCGUGGCUGUGUAAAUACACCCACCCAUACGCACACGCACAAUCAACGCAAACAGGCAAAGACAUUCGGGCAGCAAUCACCGCCUGGUUGGAUGUUGAGGAUGAAUGGGGUCCUACGCGAACCCGUUUUAGAAGCUAAAUUUGUAUAUUUGUAGGUGAUCUGUACACGUGUACUGUGUGUUUUCAAUUCAUUCUGCAUGAAUUUGUAUCUAAGGAAGAUAAAAAACGUAGGACGACGAAGAAGAGGAAGAAUACAUGAUACCAUACCACGAAAUGAAGAGAAAGAGGAAGAAAAAAAAGCAACAAACCAUACAAAUAAAGCAAACAAACAAGGGCAACGAGAUUGUAGUGGUAGAAGGCGAGGGCGAACUUGAUACGACUAUAUAGGAGGCUGUGUUGUGUACCAAUCUGACGUGUGGGUGCGCGUGUGUGUGUGAGUGACGGUUCUAGUCGCGAACGUUACUUAGCAAGCGCUUGCACUCUGCCUGCUAGACGUCAGCGUACGUCAGACUGUUGGAUCUGUACAGUGGAGAGGGCCGCAUCGCCUGUUGUCCCCGUGCGUCGGUGGCUCCGGACCGCGGGACCAACGUAAGAGGUGGUGUGUUAACAUCCAACGUCUUUAAAUUCGGUUGUUAAUCAGUGGAUGUGUCUAUAAUCGUACACACUCACACACAGACACACCCCCGCGGCAGCUCAAAACUCAUAACUCGAGUGGCAAACGCAUGUUGUGCUCCGAGGUGUACUACGUUAUUAGUAGCGAUACAGUAGAGCGACAGCCCAGGCCGCCAGAGCCGCUGCUCGAGCCUGAGCAAACAAAACAGACAAACCGAACAAAAAUGGGGUGGGGCCGACACUCAGACAGCCGCAGCCGAAGUUUGGCCAUCGGAUGCGGUCGCUCCGGUCGCUCGCAGGACGGCGUUACUGGCGUUCUUCGUUCAGUUCUACUCAAAAGCACACCUGUUUUCGAAUCUACCAAGCGCUGCUCUGUUUAGCAUGUUGAGACUAUUGACUGAUUAUAGCGAUGUAUGUAUCUAGUUUAACCGGACGACGAUGUUGGGAGGGGCGGGCUGUGCAAGGGAUGGUUUGAAGCAAACCAACGCCACCCAGUGGACGCGGUCGGAACGAUUAGUGAAAGGGGACGAACGAAGCUUUACGAAUUCUUGGUGGAUUCUUUGGGGUGAUCGGGUCCUCGGUGCACCGACCUUGGACGAUUGGCUGGAGCUGGGCACAUGGAGUUUAAAGUUUUUGUUGUUUUGUCGGGAUUUAGGGAUACCGAGGGGGAUAUCAAAACCCAAAACACUGCUCAUACCUCCCCUCCCCCGCUGUUGGCGACCGAACGUUUUGCCGCGUGGUUUGGUGUGCCCGUUUGUUGGGGUCCUACACGACAGGGGGAAGGAGAGAUUGAAACAAACAACACAAAGAAAUUAAGAAAAGCCAAGCAAAUACGAAACAAACUUAUUUGUAAAUACUGUGUACUACAAGGGCAACACACACACAACCACACAUGCACAUAUUACACUUUACACAUACAAACAGAGCAACAUGGCGAGAUUGUCAUCGGAGUAGUGUGUGGACGUGCAGCAAACAGCACAGUGGCUUGACAGUGCAACAAUGUGCCAAAACAUCGAAUUGGAUCGGUUGCAAUCAACACGUAAGACUCGCGCACUUGGGGACAGCUGCGCGAAAACUUGCGGGGCCCAGUCUAGCUCCAACUUUCUGUGGGUACACUCAGCGGUAGCUUCCUCGCAUGCAUUGCAGCCUGCUGGGUGGAAGUGGACAGUCUGUGUCGGUGGUCCGUUUGCACUGCUUACGGCGCCGGAGGCUCAUGAAGGUUGUGCAAAACAACCUGGAACGCUGUGAGCAGAUGCAUCACGGGCAGCAACCGGCAGAUGUACUGUCGCCUACCAGUGCGCUGCGUUUGCUGCGUGCUACAGCCGAGUGUCUCCUUAGGCCCGCGAGUUUCCGAGCCGUCUCCGAAGGCGUGUGCGAAUGCGUUAAAGAAUGCGAAAGAGAAGCAAAAACAACCCAUAAACAAGUUGAAGACAGUGUGAAGGAAAACAAUUCAACAUCACUUUCCCAAAUAUUCAAAAAAAAAAUGCAUAAUGGUUGCACGACUGUUUUGCCGCUCACGCUAACACAUCGUAAGCGAUACUCACCCCCGGGACAGCUCGACCGGUCUGCUUGCUAACUGUCUACACAAAAAAAAAACGGAAAACAGGCAAAAGUACACAAUACAAUCUCUGUCAAAGGAGCAAACAAACGAUGCAUCACAGUGUUGCAUUGCGAGUAACUAAAAAACUUUACGGUACUUGAAACACAGGGCAAUACAUUCUAAUCGGACUCGGUGUCUAUCGUUUCCAUAGCUGUGCGCGUGUUUGACAAGAUGGGCGGCAGAGGCCAACCCCCCCAAGCAAGCCCCUACGCUCCCGCAAAGCAAACCGUUGCUGCGGCAAACUUGGCACCAGCUUGGUGCCCUCAAUCGAAGGGGCUCUACAUUGAGGCUCACACUACCGGGGGCCAGGUUUGACCCCACCCCGAACGGUUUACGGAUGCGCUUUAAGGGGCGUUUGUUGAUUGUUGCAAAAAGAAGAAGCAAAAAAAAAAACUCAUUUGCCUCAUCGUUCAUACAAGCUGUUUCGAACGUGUUACUUUUCUCUUGCCUCAAGACCUGAACUGGAACAGCGGCAGUUAUUACUUGGUACUUAGCGUCACGCUAAACGUCAAGUUUAAGAUAAAACAAUAUAAAUAACGUAAACACUACAAACAAAAAAACAAAACCAAAAGAAGAGACGGGCUGUUUGCGAUGCUACAUUGCGAGCGAUCGGGGAGGGAAGGGCAACAUAAACAAAGCAAAACAAAAACACAGCAGCAAAAGCGCAUGCAUUUCUUGCAGGUUUUUGAAUCCGCGAAACGCAUCAUCAGAAUGCGCGUUUUAGUGCAGCCGUACCGUGGGAGGUGCGGAAAUUUUUAUGUUUGUUUGUGUGCUGAGAGUAGAGAGUCGGGGGGGCAGCAACACAGCAACACAAAUGCAUGUUUUGCUCGGGAAAUUUACGAUAGGGUUGGUAAGCGUCGGUGACGCUCUGCCGCUGUACAGGGCAACGGUAGAAGUGCGCUCGGGGCAAUCACGCUCAAUGGCUCUAGAGGGGUUCGCCGCAUCCGUCACUUCGAUUGUUGCCCGCUGCAUGUGCAUGUACGGCUAAUGCGCCGCGGGGGGGACAAAGUGUUGGAGUAUUUUAUUAAUUGAUUUGGUUGUGUUUGUUUUUUUACGGACACAGUUUAUGAUAUCAUCGGGAAGGUUACAAAUCGGCCGUCCCAGUUUAUACAUGUAAAAACAAAAUUAAAAAAAAACACAAACACACACACACACACACACAAAAAAGCCGCAGGCGUUACAUAAAGGCAACGGGGGGAGAAAUCCAUUGGAAGGGUCGCGUUGGGUAUGCGAACGAAUCUCGCGGAGUGAAAUUUGCGCAAGGCUCUACAAAUUUUACUAUCGCCGAGAUAUUCGCAGGGGGGGGGGGGGUAUAUGACAACAACAACAACAACAACAACAAAAACACUCACAUACACUCUGAGAUUUAGUAUAAGCAAAAUGCUCGGGAUGGGGUAGAAAGAAUGAGAGAAAGAGCGAAAGAGAGCAAAAGAGAGAGAAACCAUAGUGUAGAGCGUUCCAAAUGCUACAACAGUAAAUGAAUUAUGAUGUAAAACGGAUGUGAAUAAUUUAUUACCUACCUUAUAUAGUGUUAUAAGGAUAAUACAAGUUUUGGCAGGGUUAUAGACAAACAAACAAAAAAAAAACUGGCUUGUGAACAAAAACAAAAUGGGGGAGACCGAGGAAAGCCGCAACGCUUCGUUCGGAUCUCUUGUUUGAUGCUCAUUUUAAACAUUAUUUGUAGGGUAUAUCUUAGGAGGUCCAGUUAAAGUGGACAGUAAGGAUCAUCUACGCAAUGCAUUUAACGGAAGGAAGAAAAAAAAAGACAGUACAGUACGUAUGAUUUUUGCUAACACACAGUGUGAACACAAUACAACAUAACACUGCACCAGUCGGUGCAAAGCAAACAGAACAAACCUACACAACACACACACACACACACACACAUGAGAGAUUUCGCGAUGUGAAACGAAGGAAAAAGCGUUCCAACCGUAAGUACACGAACCAGGUGCAUGCUAAUGCCGUUCGGAUGCGGUUUGGAAAGGCAAAACUAAACACACACAUUCACACACAAACACAAUAACACAAACACAGAUUCACAUUUACAAGCGAGUGAAACAGAGAGAAUCGAAGAAUGAUAUAAUGGUUGAAUGAGAGGCGGUACCGCGCAUCUAACGUAAGAUUGAUUGUGAAUGAGGAAGUAUAAAACAUUUGAUAACCUCGAAGAGGGCAUAGCAAGAGCGUAGCAAACAAAACGAGCAGCAACACACACAAAAAAAACGAAGACGAGUCAAACGAAACACAAACAAACACACAUGAAGGUCAGUGAGUCUAACUCGCAAAUGAUUCAGAUGAUAUUUAUAUUUUUAAAAAGAAAAACCAAACAAAAAAGUGAAUAGUCCUGCAUUUACUAGGAACAAAAGAAGAAAAAAUGUCGUUUAAACUACAAAAAAAAAGCACAGCAUGCGGAAUGGUGAAAAUGCCGUUUGGCGUGGACAGAGUGGAGCAGAUUGAACAGAUUGGUAGAGCGAGAAAGCGAGGGAAACGGCGAAAACAAUUGAGCGGACACGAGCAAAUAAAAGGGGGAAAAAAGGUAAGGGGUGGAAGAAAACAGUUCUCAAAUCAAUGUAUAUUAGGAAUUUAACAAGACAAACCAAAACCGGAAAGCAAAUCACAAAAAAAAACAACACCAUACACAAUACAGACACACACGUACACAUGAAUACAAACAAACAAGUGCAAGCAAAUCGAAGCAACAACACAACAACAAAAAAAACAAGAUGAGAAAAUAUGUUAAGGUAUUCUGACACACCAAUCAGCUCAACUAAAAGCAACUGGAUGACAGGGGAAAACAAAGGGAAACGAACCUGCCAUCAAACACACGGAAGCAAAACUACAACAAAAAUAAGGUACGUGAAUGGAAUGAGCUAGCAAACGAGUGACGAAACACAAGCAAGCAAACAAGCGAACAAACAAUAAACUAGAUGAUGUGAAAUGGACAAAUUGGACAAACAGAAACACAAACGAUGAGCAAAGAAAAAAAAA